AUGAACCUAACCGUGAAGCUUCGCAGAAGUUUCAGAACGUUGGUAAUUCUCCUGGCAACCUUCUGCUUAGCAAGCAUCAUCAUUUCUGCCUAUUACCUCUACACUGGCUACAAGCAGGAAAUGGCACUUGUGGAAACCACCAGAGAAGCAGAAUGUGAAGAUCUCAAGCUUCUACCAUACAGGUCCAUAGAGCUGAAAACAGCCAAGCCAAUUGAUCCAUCUAAAACUGAUCCCACUGUCCUCCUGUUUGUGGAAAGCCAGUACUCCCAGCUGGGGCAAGAUAUCAUAGCCAUUCUUGAGUCCAGCAGAUUUCAAUACCACAUGGUCAUCGCACCAGCCAAAGGGGACAUCCCCCCUCUCACGGACAAUGGAAGAGGAAAAUACACAAUUGUUAUAUAUGAGAAUAUUUUGAAGUAUGUAUCCAUGGACUCAUGGAAUAGAGAGCUUCUGGAAAAAUACUGUGUGGAAUACAGUGUUAGCAUAAUUGGUUUUCAUAAAGCCAAUGAGAACAGCUCCCCAAGUACAAUACUGAAAGGAUUACCAUUACAUCUGUACAAUAAUGUAGCCCUCAAAGACUGUGUGGUAAACCCUCAGUCUCCACUGCUGCACAUUACCAAAGCACCAAGGAUUGAGGAAGGUCCACUGCCUGGUGAAGACUGGACAGUUUUCCAGUUUAACCAUUCCACCUACCAACCUGUGCUUUUAACUGAACUGCAGACCUCCAGACCAACCCCUGUAGCAUUGCCAAAGGCUGCUCUGUAUGCAACAGUCAUCCAAGACUUGGGGCUUCAUGAUGGGAUACAAAGAGUCCUUUUUGGAAACAACCUGACCUUCUGGUUGCACAAACUGAUCUUUAUUGAUGCCAUCUCUUUCCUGUCAGGGAAGAAGCUCACAUUGUCCUUGGAUAGGUACAUUCUGGUUGACAUAGAUGACAUAUUUGUUGGGAAGGAGGGAACGAGGAUGAACAUCAAUGAUGUGAAGGCAUUACUAGAGACUCAAAAUUUACUGCGCACUCAGGUUGCAAAUUUUACCUUCAACCUUGGAUUUUCAGGAAAAUUUUACCACACAGGAACUGCAGAGGAAGAUGAAGGUGAUGACCUGCUGUUGAGAUCUGUGGAUGAGUUUUGGUGGUUUCCCCAUAUGUGGAGUCACAUGCAGCCUCACCUUUUCCACAAUGAGUCGUCACUGGUGGAGCAGAUGAUCCUCAACAAAGAGUUUGCAAUAGAGCAUGGAAUACCAACUGACAUGGGGUACGCAGUGGCUCCGCACCACUCUGGAGUCUACCCGGUUCACAUCCAGCUGUAUGAGGCCUGGAAGAAGGUCUGGCACAUCCGAGUGACCAGCACAGAAGAAUACCCACACUUGAAGCCUGCACGGUACAGACGGGGCUUCAUCCACAAUGGCAUCAUGGUGCUCCCUCGACAGACCUGUGGCCUUUUCACUCAUACUAUUUUUUACAAGGAAUAUCCUGGGGGUCCUCAGGAGCUGGACAAAAGUAUCCGGGGAGGUGAACUCUUCUUCACCAUUCUCCUGAAUCCU